CACCCGGAAAACACUGGCAGUGACCGUCAAGAAGGCUGUAAAAGUAUUUCAGUUUUAAGAUUUCUUUUAGUUUUAUAGGUUUUAAAAACAUCGACUGUUUAGCAGAAGUAGUUUCCGAAAUGCUGCAGGCUUUAAAAGGCGUCAGGCACCUCCAUACCAGUGCAAUGAAACAAGCAGUUUCAGAGCUCUCUAUCCCGGUGCCAUGGGGGGAGAUCAGAGGGAGGGUUUGGGGUCCUGAUCACGGCAGUCCUGUACUCUGUCUGCACGGCUGGGCUGACAACUGUGGCACAUUCAACACCCUCAUUCCCCAUUUACCCAAAGAGUGCAGGUACGUGGCGGUGGAGCUGGCAGGUCACGGCCGGUCAUCACAUCGUCCUCCUGGAGUUUGCUACUCUUUCCCUACCUAUGUGAUGGACGUAUGCAGAGUCGUUGACGCGCUGCAGUGGAGCAAGUUCUCCAUCAUAGGACACAGUAUGGGUGGCAACAUCGCUGGAAUGUUCAGUGCACUGUAUCCUGAGAUGGUGGAUGCUGUCGUGCUGCUGGACUCGUAUGGAUUCUUUCCUACAGAUCUGAAAGAAGUCUUUGAAGCCAUGAGGCUGGGGAUGGAUCAGAUGAUUGAGUUUGAAAAAAAACCAGAGGAGAAGAAGAUAAGAGUUUACACUUAUGAAAACGCAGUAGAGAGGUUGUUGGCUGCAAACCCCGCACUGUCUGAAAAGUCUGCCCAGAUCCUCUUAGAGCGAGGUCUAGUUCAAGUCGAAGGAGGUGUGGUGUUUACUCGAGACUUUCGUAUUAAUCUGAAAAAUAUGACACGCAUCACUGCGGAACAGAGUCUAGAACUGCAGUCGAUGAUUAAAGCCCCUGUUCUAGUUGUUCUAGCGGAGGACGGCUUUGAGAAAUUAUUUGUUCAACCAGAAAAAAGGACAUUUACAUCAGCAGUUCUGCAGGCCUAUAGGGACAGAAAUCACACUGUGGUGAAGGUACCGGGCGAUCAUCACAUCCAUCUGAACGACCCGGAAGUCGUUGCUCCACUCGUGUCUGACUUUCUGCGGACCAAAGUGUUGUCAGAGCCAGCUACACUAAAAGAUGAAGAGACCUCAAAGUUAUAGUUAAUAUAUUGAUUUAAAAAUAACAUUAGUUUUGCCUGAAAUCCUUUUUUUUUUUUCAAAGUAGUGUUGGGUGAGAUGGAGAGAUUGAUCCAAAAAAACAGCCAAAUUAUGUUUUUGGCAAAGCUUGGAUAUUAUGUUGGUCUGAUUUUUUCCGUUGUGUCAACAUCACGAUUUUGAGUGUGUAAGACUCCUCUUACAUAUCACAUUAAUAUCAGUGAAAAUGUAAAGAAACACUUUUUCUGAUAAUGGCACGGUUCACUAAGAGAGAUCACUUUGAAAGAGGACUCCACAUAUAAAGCGUGUUAACCCUUAAUCUGUCUGAUUCAAAACAUUAACAAAAGAAAUAGAUAAAAAUCAAUGCAUCAUAACCUGAUUAGAGGAUGUUCCAUAAUAUGUUAGAAGGCAUUCAUUUAUGCUCAGAUGGCCAUGGUAUAAAAAUGUGUGUUUGAUGAGUUUAAUGUUUACAGUUUUCUCCUCAAGGGUCUCAGUAUGUUCCUUAAGACAACAACAUAUCAUUGAAUUAACACAUUUCCGUUAAAAAUUCAACAUCAUGUCUUUGUAAGGCUUGUUAUUCAGGCUGCUGCACUCUUCUUUUAGCUCAGUGGCUCCCCUCUGCCCAGCAGCACAGACCGCUGUGUGUGAGCCGACUGUAUUAUAUCACCCUGUAGCUGCUGCCUUUGAGGAUUGUUUGAAAUGCAUUGUGGCCUGUCUGUUUUAGAAGUCUGCUGCCUAUUGUUAAUAUUUUAACAGCUGCAAAGUUUCUCUGAACUGUGCUGUCUUCAUGUUUAAUCUUAAAAGUUAGGAAGCUGUGGGAAGAAGGUAAGUGAGAGCAGAGGAUGAAUCUUGACUCAACAAGUUACACAGUAUCAUGUGUUCAUUAAUACAGUAUUUAAACUAUGAUUAGGUGGAGUAUCUUUGUGUGAAAUUACAAUUCCUUAGAUCUAUAGCAAUAAUUAUAUCUGACCAUUUUACUAACAUACCAUAAUCAUCUCUUCUUGUUGUUUUCUAUGAUCAUAUUUUUUGUUACCAUUAAAGCUAUUUUCAAUGUA